CGCGAGCGACGUCCUUAUCCUGAUUGGACGACGGCAGGAACUGGUGGAAUGACCAACGCGCGCCGGAUUCGAGAAGGACGUCUUGUGAGCUGGCGCGCUGUGAAUCGUCGUCCCCAUCUUCUAAACAGCUCAGGACGAGGAAUUGACAGCAGGAACAUUGGUCUGGACAACAUCCCCGAUGACAUCUUCUGGGAUCUGAACAUCGACCUUAAGCCAGUACCUAACAUGUGUCACUGUCGCAAAGGCAUUUGGGACUUCAUCACCUUGAAAACCAGUAGUCGUCUUCUUGUCAAAAAUCCUCGGUAUGAUCCAGAAAAAUGCUACCAGCGACUACGAGAGUACAUGCGGGAAAAUCCCUAUGCCAACGCUCUCCAACUAGCCCAGUUUCUCAUGGAUCCGAAGAUGAUAAUCAUGUACCUGGGUAACUGCGAUUCUCUUCGUGAACAUGACGAAUUUUUCAGCGGUGCACUACGAGUGACAUAUCUGCCUGAACAGGAUCGACACUUUACAACAGAUUCAACUCCAGACGAUCCUCUUCGCCCAAAAUACGACUCUAUCGCCGAAAAGGAGUUUGACGACGGGCAAUUCUACGGACGCAGCGCUGGAGCAAUCAUGUUCUAUAUUGAGCAAUAUUUCGGUGGAAGCGGGACAAUAGGAAAAGCCAAGGCUUGUGAAUGUCCGUUCUAUCAGCAGAUGCUCGACGAUUUCUACUACGAGAGAAUUCGGAGUCGGAGGGAAAAACAACUUCACCAUCCUAACGCUGCCACUAAUCCUUACUUUAAGUAUGAAGCAAAAGGAACGCACGGAAAUAAUUACCGUGGAAACUAUAACAGCGGUUGGGAAUCCAAGGGUUCGCAUGAUGAAUAUGCUGGUCCGAGUCGUUCGAAUCAGAAGGACAGCAAAGGAUCCAACAGCCUACGAGGUGAAAAGCAAGGAAAGGGACGCUCUUCAACUCCAAACUCAACAUGUGGGCGAGCACCUCCUUUGAAUCAAACCGAGUUUCCCAGUUUAGGUUCUACAUCAAAAGGAAAAGGGAGCAGCAACUCUACUCAAGAGAAAGCAGAUGGAAAAGGAGGAUCUCUGGCAGACCAGAUUCUGGGGCAGAGAAAAGAGAGUGAGAACAACAAAUCUCAUAAUAGUCAAGGAGGUCUAGGAUGUUCAGGCGAUGCUACGAGCACCACCGUUGGUCGUGAAGCAGGAUCGAGUACUACAAGUGCGUCUGCCCACCAUGGGUCCCACGCAUUUGGACCACCACCACCGAGCUUACUACCUACUACUCAGCCACAACUUGGAUUCUUACCUUCUAUGAGCAGUACAUCUUCCUUCCCUGUGAGCUUAGGAGGAGACACGACCAAGAUGGAGAAUCAAUACGGAAAGGGAUAUGCAAGCGAGUACAUGCACCCAGAACAGCAAGGACGCCGUGGCGAUCCCAGCACACCGGCUCCAGGUAACACUGAUUCAAACUCUAGUGGACCAGAACUAGCAAGUUGGCAGAAUGAAGCCUAUUGGCAUUUCGACCUCCACGCAAACAAGUGGUGCGUCUGGAGUUGGAAGAAUGCUGAGAAAACAGCAUACUUUGUACGGUAUCCUCAGGGAGGCGGGAAAUGAGCUAUGAGCUCCUGCAACAUGUUGUUGUCUACGAGACAAAACCGUUCAGAAUAAAUAAACAAAUACUACAUUGGUGCAGGGGGUGUGUCAAUGUUCAUUGAGUCCGUAGCUAAGAGCUAGUAUAAAUAACAUUCCUCCACGAGAAAUAAAUCGAAAGACUAAACGUACCAAGCAAAGCAACAUGAUGUGAGCUAUUCAAUGCGUGUGUUCUUGUGUCAGUAAGCUGAUUGGCCUUGCC